AUGCGCCUUGACGCCGACCCUUCCAAAAGUUCUCCUUCGCCCUCACAGAACUACGCAAACGGCUCGUCACGGUCGACAGGGCCCACGUCUCCCCUGGCCCGGACGACCAACGGCGCUUCACAUGGCAGGUCCGAGAGCAACGGCUCGUACGCGAAUGGGGGUGCUGUGAUGAGCAACAGGCCAGUACCCACGACCUUCUUUGGCCACGACCGGGAGGAGGUGACGCGCAUCUUGAUACAGAGUCUUACCGACCUGGGCUACCAUGGAGCAGCGGGGGCUCUAUGCAAGGAGAGCGGCUUCCAACUUGAAGGGCCGACGGUGGCGUCGUUUCGCAGCUCGGUGCUGAACGGGGACUGGGUCGAGGCAGAAGAGCUGUUGUUCGGCACAAACGCAUACGACAACGGGGGAGGUGUUGGUCUAGAUAUGACAUAUGGCAAGUCGUGGGCCAAGUCGAGAUCAAGGCCAAACUCACAGCAUUCCGGGGGCCUGACACUGGCAGAGGGCGCCAAUCGGGACGAGAUGCUGUUCUGGAUGAAGCAACAAAAAUACCUGGAGCUGCUCGAGCGGAGAGAACUGGGCAAGGCGCUUGCAGUAUUACGGCAGGAGCUGACCCCGCUCCACAGAGACGUGGGACGAUUGCAUGCCCUCUCAAGUCUCAUGAUGUGCCAAUCUGCAGAAGAUUUGAGAAACCAGGCCCAAUGGGAUGGCUCUCGCGGCGAAUCACGGACUCAUUUGCUCUCGGAGCUGUCAAAAUCCAUCUCUCCCAGUGUCAUGAUCCCGGAACAUCGGUUAGCAGUUCUUCUGGAUGAAGUCAAGGACAACUGGAUCUCAAGCUGUCUGUACCACAACACUGCUGCCUCGCCUUCGCUCUAUCUAGAUCACAACUGCGACAGAGACGACUUUCCAACCAAGGCAGUCUUGGAUCUGAAGCACCACAAGGAUGAAGUCUGGUAUCUGAAGUACUCGCACGACGGCACAAAGCUGGCUUCGACAAGCAAGGACAACACGAUCAUCAUCUAUGAGACGACAACAUACAAGGUGCUGCAUCAUCUCGAUGACCAUCAGGGGUCAGGAGUAACACAGCUCGCCUGGAGUCCAGACGACACAAAAAUCAUAUCAUGUUGUUCACAGCCAGAGAAUUCUGCCCGGAUAUGGGACGUCAAGACCGGUGCAUGCAUCCAAUGCAUAAACGAGUUCACCUACCCCACCACAGCCGCAGCCUGGACGCCCUCAGGCAAACACGUCGUAAUCGGCUCUCAAGACGACAAGCUCGGCUGCGGCAUCUGGGACCUCGACGGCCACCUCGUCCACAACUUCUGCGAACAAGGCACAAAACUGCGCGUCAACGACCUCGCCAUCUCGCCAGACGGCCAGCGCCUCGUCCUCAUCCUCGACAACCGCGAAAACUCAAUCAUCGUCUACGACUUCUCCAGCUAUGAGAAAAUGUGCGAGUGGCAGCUCGAUGAAGUUAAAUUGACUAGUAUAGCUAUCAGCCAGGACUCGAGACAUAUGCUCGUCAGCAUGAAUCAGGAUAAGAUUAAGCUCAUGGAGAUUGAUACGGGUGAGGUGAUCCAGCGGUUCGAAGCACAUCAGCACCGGCAGUUUGUCAUUCGCGCGGCGUUUGGGGGUGCGGAUGAAAAUUUUGUUGUUAGUGGGAGUGAGGACUCACGUAUCUACAUCUGGCGCUCAAACGGCCUCCUGAUCGAAGCCCUCGACGCGCACCCCGGCUGCGUCAACUGCAUCGCCUGGCACCCCACGGACCCGGGUGUUUUCGCCUCGGCUGGUGACGACGCGAAAGUGCGCGUUUGGAAGGCGGCUGGGGGUGCGCGGGUGGGGGAGGAGCGUGGGGGUGCGAAUGGAUUUUGA